AUGGAGCGAAUUCCGUGUUCCUAUCCGUUGGUCAAGCGCUCGGCAACGCUGGGCAGUGAAGCGUCGCCGUAUAAGGAAGACGCGUCCCGCACCAUCUGUCGCACAGUGCGCUUGCGCAACACCGGCGACCCAGUUGCGUUCGCGGCCGCUGCCAAGCGCGGCUCUACUCCUCUACAAUUACAUAUUUCGGUGUUGCAAUCGCACGGUCGCAUCCGAGUUGAACGGCCCGACCUUGGGCGUUGCGCAGCGCACGCGCCGAAAGCGAAAGGAUCGCGGUUCCAGAAUCUGCAAACCCAUGAAUGGGAGAAAACCUGGCGCAUAAAAAGGGGCGCCGCACUCCAGCCGGCCUACAUACGCGCACCACUGGUUUCCCGUUUUAAAAUUACCCGCUCGUUCGCGGCGGAGCGGCAAAAGGCUCGCCCUUCACGGGCUGCGGUCCCCGGUCCUCAAAUAGCCGGCGAUGCUGCCACAGCCAGAUCGAUCAGCGGCGUAGAGGAGAUCGCAGCGCCUCACGAUCCUUGUGUUUAUGCGACGCAGCUAACCGGGUCAGCAACCUGUGGAAAUCGCGCCUUGACCGCGACGGCCGCCCCUCAACCCGUUUUUGCACUUCUAGAAUAUUCGGUGCUGGCCGUGGCGGCACUAGACGAGGCUAAACACAAGCUGGAGAGUGAAAAACUGUUAGGGCAGACAGACCGCGAAAAGCGAGCGCAACAUUUCUUGCGCUGGGCGAUGUCGGCGCGGACAGGGAGCCGGGAUGCGCGCGAGUGUGCGUGCGUGAAGGUCAGCCGUCGGCGUCAUUUCCUGGUCAUUGGCUGCCCCUCCCCGUCCCCCGUCCCCUGCCUCUGCCCCCUCUACCUCCUGGGCGGUGUGAGCGAGAGGGACGCGUACGGGUACGGUUACGGCGGCGUUGGCGGGGGCGGCGGGCACCACUUCGCCGCGCCGGCGCCGCCGCCCCUGCCGCACGACGACCUGCCCUACUCCGUUUUCGACUUCGGCGACUACCAACGCCACCACCACCACAACAAGCUCAAGCCCAAGAAGCGGCCGCGGCCAGACCACCCCCCCGCGCCCGGCGUCAAGCGCAAGUCCCGCGAGGGCUCCACCACCUACCUCUGGGAGUUCUUGCUCAAGUUGCUGCAGGACCGCGAGUACUGCCCUCGCUACAUCAAGUGGACGAACCGCGAGAAGGGCGUCUUCAAACUGGUCGACUCCAAGGCCGUGUCCCGGCUGUGGGGCCUGCACAAGAACAAGCCCGACAUGAACUACGAGACGAUGGGGCGCGCGCUGCGUUACUACUACCAGCGCGGCAUCCUGGCCAAGGUUGACGGCCAGCGGCUCGUGUACCAGUUCGUGGACGUGCCCAAGGACAUCGUCGAGAUCGACUGCUCGCUCGCGUAG